AUGGGUCGGGGGCUGCUCAGGGGCCUGUGGCCGCUGCACAUCGUCCUGUGGACACGCAUCGCCAGCACGAUUCCACAGCAAGUUCAGAAGUCGGAUGUGGAAAUGGGGGGCCAAAAGCGAUGAAACCGUCUGUCCAGCUAUAAUAAUACAGCUUAUCCCCUGAAACCUUUUAAUGAUGACAUGAUGGUCACGGACAGCAAUGGUGCAAUCAAGUUUCCGCAACUGUGUAAAUUUUGUGACGAGAAACUUUCCACCUGUGACAACCAAAAGUCUUGCAUGAGCAACUGUAGCAUCACAGCCAUCUGUGAGAAACCUUAUGAAGUCUGUGUGGCUGUAUGGAGAAAAAAUGAUAAGAACAUUACACUAGAGACAGUUUGCCAUGACCCUCAACACGCAUUCAAGGGAGUUAAUCUAGAAGACUCUGCUUCUUCAAAGUGCCUUAUGAAAGAGAAAAAAAUGCAGGGUGAGACCUUCUUUAUAUGUUCCUGUAGUGCUGAAGAAUGCAAUGACCACAUCAUCUUCUCUGAAGAGAACACCAGCAGCCCUGAUUUGUUUUUGGUCAUUGUCCAAGUGACAGGCAUCAGCCUCUUACCACCAUUGGGAAUCGCCAUAGCAGUAAUCAUCACCUUCUAUUGCUACCGCGUUCACCGGCAGCAGAAGCUGAGUACAUCCUGGGAUACCAACAAGCCACGGAAGCUCAUGGAGUUCAAUGAGCAUUAUGCCAUCAUUCUGGAGGAUGACCGCUCAGACAUCAGCUCUACUUGCGCCAACAACAUCAACCACAACACCGAGCUGCUGCCCAUUGAACUGGACACCCUGGUAGGGAAGGGCCGCUUCGCUGAGGUCUACAAAGCCAAGCUGAAACAGAACACUUCAGAGCAGUUUGAGACCGUGGCAGUCAAGAUCUUCCCUUAUGAGGAGUACGCUUCCUGGAAGACAGAGAAAGACAUCUUUUCGGACAUCAACCUGAAGCAUGAGAACAUACUGCAGUUCUUGACUGCUGAGGAGCGGAAGACAGAACUGGGGAAGCAGUACUGGCUGAUCACUGCCUUCCAUGCCAAGGGUAACCUCCAGGAGUAUCUUACUCGGCAUGUCAUCAGCUGGGAGGACCUGCGUAAGCUGGGCAGCUCUCUUGCCCGGGGCAUUGCUCACCUGCACAGUGAUCACACCCCAUGUGGAAGGCCCAAGAUGCCCAUUGUGCACAGGGACCUUAAGAGCUCUAACAUCCUUGUGAAGAAUGACCUGACCUGCUGUCUGUGUGAUUUUGGGCUUUCCCUGCGCCUGGACCCCACUUUGUCUGUGGAUGACCUGGCAAACAGUGGGCAGGUGGGAACUGCAAGAUACAUGGCCCCAGAAGUCCUGGAGUCCAGGAUGAAUUUGGAGAAUGUUGAGUCCUUCAAGCAGACGGAUGUCUACUCCAUGGCUCUGGUCCUCUGGGAAAUGACAUCUCGCUGUAAUGCAGUGGGAGAAGUAAAAGAUUACGAGCCUCCAUUUGGUUCCAAGGUGCGGGAGCAUCCCUGUGUUGAAAGCAUGAAGGACAAUGUGUUGCGAGAUCGAGGACGGCCAGAAAUUCCCAACUCCUGGCUCAACCACCAGGGUAUCCAGAUGGUAUGUGAGACCCUGACCGAGUGCUGGGACCAUGACCCUGAGGCCCGUCUCACGGCGCAGUGCGUGGCAGAGCGCUUCAGUGAGCUGGAGCACCUGGACAGACUCUCGGGGAGGAGCUGCUCUGAGGAGAAGAUUCCCGAAGACGGCACCCUGAACACUACCAAAUAG